AUGGUUCGCAUCUCAACUUUCGUCACGGCCGCCAUGGCCAGCGUCGCUAUCGCCUCUCCCGCUGAGAGACGCCAAGCCGCCAGCUCCUCGUCAGACCUUGUCUGUGGCGGUCUUCUCCAGCCUCUUGCCGGCUUCCUCGACUACCAGUCUGGCAAUGUAGGUGGUAACACUGAGAACGUUCUUGCCGCUGCUUCUUCGCUCCUUAGCAAGGCCCAGCUACCAUCUGAGGUCAACAGCAUUCUCAACAGCGUCACCGGCGGUAUUGUUGGCUCCAUUACAAACAGUGUCACCAACAUCCUCUACGGCCUCUCGACGGCAGCUGAUGCCGUCGACGCCGAGUGUCGCUAG